AUGCUGUGCGUCCCCACACCAGCUAACCCCGAUUUCCCUCCCAUUCUACAUCCCCACCCCGUAACCCCUCCACCACCUUUCCAUCCCCAUCUUCCUCAGUUGCCAGAGGUGGGUGCCGGCUACACCUUCUUCCGGGACGGCCGCCCCAAAGCAGAACGACGGAAUACGGGUAUCGUCUUCGCCAUCCGGAACGAGAUCGUAGGACAACCGCCCUGUCUGCCGCAAGGUACCAAAGACCCCCUGGUGAGCCUCUGUCUGACUCUCCAGAGAAAAAUUCGCUACCAUAAUCAACGUCUACGCUCCCCCAUGACCAACCCUAGCGCCGCAAGGAACAAAUUCUACGAUGACCUUCACGCCCUCCUGGCGACUGUACCAAGGUAG